AUGGCAAAAUCCAGUCUUCUGCUGGAAGAGCCUGAGAACCAGACAGUCAUCUUGGGUGAUGCAGCUGUGCUAAAAUGUCGAGCAGUUCCUGGAGAGGGUAUCACGCUUCCCAUUAUUCUCUGGCAUGCUCGUAAAACUGGGAGAAUUGGUCCUGAUGUUGCCUACAAGGACAUGCACAUAACAGAAGCAGGCCUUAUAUGGCCUAAAGUGAAGAAGCAACAUGAGGACUGGUACAGAUGUAGUGCCCAGACGCUCUCUGCCAGCACCCACUCCCGCUGGGCAUAUCUUCGGGUGCUGGCCAAGGCACACAUCACAGACCCCCCUACAAACCUUCAAGUCAACGAAGGCUCUAAGCUAUCACUGCAGUGCGUAGCAUACGGGGAUCCUUUGCCCACCAUCACCUGGAGACGCAACAAAGAAGAGCUGGAGGAAGGCAUCGUGGAGGUGCAGGAAGGGAACUCAGUGCGUUCAGUGCUGAGUGUGACGGCCACCAGCACGGCUGACUACUCCUGCCGCGCCGUCAACUUGGUGCUGGGCUUGUCGAGGGAAGACAUGCACACCUCCACCCUGACGGUUUUCCCUAAACUCAGAGGUAUUUGUUGCCUCGGACUCGGUGGUGUCGCCCCGGACUCGGUGGUGUCGCCCCGGGCUCGGUGGUGUCGCCCCGGAGACAUGAUUGCCAACUUUAAGGAGCCUUGCAAGUCUGCCGCCAAGCAACUGAUGUGCCGCUACGCCUACCCUGAGUGCGUGGUGCUGGAGGGGCAGCCCCGCGGCCUGCCGCUCUGCCGGGUGGGUUGGGUGACGGACAUGCCUGCGUGCGAGGCGCUGCCCAGCGCGAGGGAGCGCGGCGCCCGCGCCUGCAGCAACAUCGGCCUCACCAGCCUCAGGGAGGACCUCGUCACGUAUUCUUGCAUGCGUGGCAAUGGUCGUUGGUAUCUCGGGACCGUGAACAAAACCUCCACUGGCAUCCCCUGCCAGCGGUGGGACUCGCAGACUCCCCACAGCUUCAGCCGUCCCCCUGACGUCUUCCCCGAGGUGCAGGGCGCUGAAAAUUACUGCCGCAACGCUGGUGGGGAGGAACCUUCCCCUUGGUGCUACACUAUGGACCCUGGGGUUCGCUGGCAGCUCUGUGACAUCCCUGUUUGUGGAGACAGCGGUGCCAGCAACCUGCACGGGCGCAACACGUCGAGCGACGACACGUCAGGAUGGAGUGCGCUGCUCAAGAAGUUGCUGGUCCCCGGCGAGGACCACUUCGUGAUGCUGUGGAGCGCCAUCGCCGUCGCCUUCCUCGUCUCUUGCUUCCUCUUCUGCGGCUUCUGCUACGUCGUCGGCGCUAGUCUCUGGAAAAGCCAGCAGCAGUCGGCGCUGCCUGACUCCCAACGUGGCGACGCUCUGAGCGCCGUGGGUAUUCUGGUGCCUGACAACGACGCGUACCACGAGACCGGAGCGCUGCUGCACCCCAGCCUCCACCCCCUGCAGUAUGACCGCAACAACAUCGUCUUCCUCCAGGAUCUCGGACAGGGCGCCUUCGGGAGAGUCUUCCAGGGUCGCGCUACGAAGUUAGUCGCCGACGAAGACGAGACGGUUGUGGCGGUGAAAGUGCUGAAGGAAGACGCGGGCUCCGACAUGGCGGGGGACUUUGAGCGCGAGGCGUGCACACUGGCGGGCUUCCAUCACCCGAACAUCGUGCGACUGCUGGGCGUAUGCGCCGUGGGCAAGCCCAUGUGCCUCCUCUUCGAGUACAUGGCUCGUGGCGACCUCAACACCUUUCUCAGGGGCUGCUCCAUUCAAGGAGCUGGUCUCUCCAUGACGCUUGACGGCCGCGGCACCGUGAAGCUCUCGGUGCAAGACAUGCUGCACAUUGGACGGCAGAUCGCAGCGGGGAUGGUGUACCUGUCCUCUAAAAAGUUCGUCCAUCGCGACCUGGCCACGCGCAACUGUCUCAUCGGUAAUGACAUGACCGUCAAGAUUGCCGACUUCGGUCUGAGUCAGCGUCUCUACAUCGCUGACUACUACAGGGGCGGGGAUAGAGACGCCAUCCCCAUCAGAUGGAUGCCCCUGGAGUCUAUCCUUUACUCGCGCUACACCGUCGAGAGCGACGUAUGGGCUUUUGGUGUCGUGCUUUGGGAGAUAUUCAGCUUUGCUCUGCAGCCCUACUUCGGCAUGAGCCACGAAGAGGUGGUUGCCCUGCUGCAGUCUGGCGGCCUGCUGUCGCAACCGAUGCACUGUCCCCCCGUGGUGUACACGCUGAUGCUGUGGUGUUGGCGCACUAUUCCUCAAGACAGACCGGAGUUUUCUUCAAUUUACUGCGCGUUGAGUGACCUCAUGAACGGCAAGACCCCUGACCUCCCUCUCAUCAGUCCUCCUCCUCAUCACGACUCCAACACUCCCGCUGCGCACUGUCCCAAAGAGGGUUUGUGCUAUUCGUCGUUCACGCUUCCUCAUCAGCACAUCACGGCGUAUGAAACCAGCGCCUCGGCCGCUACCUUAGAGAACCCGAAAUCCAAUAACUGCGCCAGAUCAUGCAGAGGCGGCGGCAUGUGCAGUUAUGCUGCCUUCCAACGACGGCCCAGCGCCAGGGUGCUGUCUUGUCAGACGCUUCCUCGCAACGAUUGUAGCGCUCGUCCCCCGAUGUCACCGUCCCAUAAACGGCUGUCUCAGUGCCUAACGUCCUUAGACUGCUCGGUGAGUCCAUAUCAGCAGCGGCCUUGUAAUCUUCAGUCAAGUAAAGCGAAAACUGACGAUUGUGGCGAUGCCUGCUUGAUUUCCAGAAGCUCACUUUCAUGCCGAAAGCAAAGUAUUUCACGGCCUAUCCUCAAUUCUGCUCCCGUUUCUUCCGAGUCUGGAUCCGAUGUUCAGUGCAACUCUGCUCAUCUCUGCGAGUCUGUUCAUCACCCGCCUCAUGAUUAUGCCUAUGAUUCCGUACACUCAGAGUCCACUGUGUCUUUCCCGUCUGACUCUGCGCCGCCUCCUGCAUCCGAGUCUGGGUCCGCGUGCGUCACAUCACCGGAGUCAGCAAAGGUUCCAGUGUCAGAAUCCAAUGAGACGUUGUCAGCCCUAGCCGUGCUCUAGUGAGGGCUCAUCUAGCCGUGCUCUAGUGAGGGCUCGUCUAGCCGUGCUCUAGUGAGGGCUCGUCUAGCCGUGCUCUAGUGAGGGCUCGUCUAGCCGUGCUCUAGUGAGGGCUCUUCGCUAGAACUACAACAAAACUAACAUAUCUCGCUCAGCGCUGCGUGUCCGGUGGUGUGCACGCUAUAAUAUUAAUCUGGUGAAUAGGUACCCUAGACUUAUAUUAAUCAACUUACAAGAAGCAAAUUUAAUAUUAGAUGUGCGAUUCUGAAUUAUUUUUCAGUCGCCUUUACUGUUAUGAUAAUCAAAUUUGACAUAAAUCUGUCUCUUUCUAGUUUUCUUUAAAUAAAAUAUCUGCUGAGGAUUUCGGCCGAUUUAUGAUAAUACUAAUAUUAUGUGAACUUUACUCUUAUUAAGGAGCUUAAACGAAUAAAACUGUCCGGGUAUUUUUUCAUGAGCUAUUCUUUUCAUCGGGUCUUCGGCCAGCCGGCUGCUCCGUCCGAUGAGUGCUAAGUUUCUUCCAUGCUACGGCGCUACGUGUGCUACG